CUUCUACAAAUUCAAUACCCAAUAUUGGAACUAAUGAUAUUUGAAUUGUGAUUUUAACAUUAUUCUCCAUUUAUAAGAUAUGAAUAAAUUAUUUUAUUUAUUGAAUUUGUAGUAAAAUAACUAAAAUUUGAAAAAAAAAAAUCAAACACAAAAAAAAAAUACUUAAUAGCUAGUUAACUAUAGUAGAAAAGUCACUUGAUGUAUUAUUUUUAAAAACCAAAAUUCAAAUUUUGAGACGGAUGUAUUUUUAUUUUACAAGAAAAUUUUAAAUUUUUAAUAAGAAAUUUUAAAUACGGAAAACUACUUGCGACUCUGUUAUAUUAUAUUCGUUGAUACGUGGAGUUUUUCAACAUUUCAAAUUUUCUGCAACGAGAGCGAAAGUAGGAAGGGUAAUUGUGUCUUCACAAUCAUUAUUUAUUUUUCAUUCAUAAGAAGAAAAAAAACAUCAUUCUCAAGAUUUGAACCAUGGUAUUUUCAAACGAAGACAACAACCACUACCAAUUACACUGAAGAAAUGUUUUGUAUCUUUUUAAAUACAAAAUCUAAAAACCUAAAAUCUACAAAUUAUAUGAAUUUUCCACUAUUGUUAGCUAGCCCACUAACUCUCUCGAAAAUACUUUCUUUGUUAAUGGAUACUAAUUUUAAAAUUGCAAACCAAAUAUCAUUGAUUCAAAUAUUGCAUAUUAAAUUGCAGUAUUGAAUGUGUAUAUGUGAUGUAGAAUUCUUAAAUUGGUAUUGAUUUUUAGAACUAUUAAAGCAAUGAUAUUGUUAUGCAAAGAGUAAGUGACUAGUUUUUUGAAAGUUUUAGUUUGAUUAAUCGUUAAAUCCUAAAUUUCUUGAUAACAUGGCAUGAUUGGAAAAAUGAGUGAGUUUAAAAGAACUCAAUUUAUGAAUACCAAUUUUUAUAGAUGAUUUCAAUAGGGUAAUUGACUAGAUGGAUCAUUCAUAGUUACUUAGUUUAAUAUGAAAUAACGCAGUACAAGACAAAUCAUGAAAGUCGAGCUGGUGUUUUCAUGGACGCGUUGAUGGGGUCAUUGGCAUUAGCAAGGUAGUACCACAAGAUAUGUUUAAUUUUUUUGUUGUUGAGUGAAUAAGAUUAUCCUUCGACUAAAUUUAUAGUGUCAUGGUCGAUAAAUAUUUUUUUCAUUGCAUAAAGUUUGGAUGAAAAAUGUUAUUUUCUUACUAAUUUUGUUAUUGUAUUGUGCAGAAUACUUUAACGUUUAGAUAAUGCUAUAUAUAUGUAUUGUUUCUCAAGCAAAAAAAAAAAAAAAAGACUAAAGGUUAUCAUCAUGAGUUUCUUAUUUAUGCUAUGCUUUUUUAGACAAACUAUUUUUUGUUAUGUCAAUUUUCUUUUCAACCAUAGGAAACUAAGUGAUUACAUCAUUAAAUAUACAAGUUAUGAAUGGUUAUUCACAAGUGUUAUAACCAAGGUUGUAACACCUCUACCGGACAGUCGGUUAGAUUAGGUCCGACCAAAGUCAUGCUCCAAAACGGGCUAUACAAAAUCAAGGGUCUGAUCGUUAGAGAGGGAGAAGAAGAGAGAGGAAGGGGGAGAGGGGAGAGAGGCAAGGGGAUGGUGGGUAGAUCUUGAGAUAAGUAUGUUUUUUUUAAUGGAAUUUGACUAUUUGAGUUUUUAAUAGAUAUAAACUAGUAGAUUCUAUUUCAGUCACAUUUCUAUCUUAUAUGUAAAUAUAUUUAGAAAAUGUGUAAAACGGCUCAAAUAGGUUGGACCUCAAUCAAACAAUUAACCUUCAAACCACUUGCUUGACCGGCUCAACGACUUAAACCGGUUUAACAACUUUGGUUAUAACAAUUAAGAUUACAAUGUUCACAAUUGACGAAAAGUUAUAAGAAUUUCAGAAAUGGGAAAAUAAUUUCGAUGUCACCUUGAUAUUACAUGAAAUUCAGCAUUUCAAUUAAUUUUAAAAAAAUUAUAUACACAUCAUUAAUACAUUGUGUUCAAACGACAUUCCGACCACCGACUCGGACAACAAAUACUAAUUAUAUCGCACUUGGUGCAAACCCCUGACUAGUGACUAGGGCCUAGGGGUGUGCAAUGGUCCGGUCCGUACCGGACCACACCGGACCAAACCGUUGUUAAGACUGGACCGGACAGACCGAGUAAAAUGCGGUCCGGUCCUUGGUCCUCAUGAAUUUUAUAAUUACUGAAGAAAUGGUGGACCGAGCUCAUAUUUGGACUGGACCGAACCGGAUCAAAUGGACCAAAUACAAGAAUGGUCCGGUCUUUGAUCCUAACAUGUCUUUCACUAAUGGACCGCGGUUCUCAUGAGUUUGGUCCAGUCCGAACCGAACCAAACCGUUGCACACCUCCUAGUGACUACCCGCCACUGGUUGCGAGCAUUAAUUCAUCAGGGGUAAUUACUUCAAAUAUGCGGGGCAAAUCAGGAAGUAAGAAAAAGGGAAGCAUGGAUUCACAAUAUUCACGUAAGUCGUGUUGCAUUGCAAAAGAAAAGCCAAACAAACAACGGUCACCAGGCCGAGUGCACAACUAGAGACACAUUUCCUCCAAGCUGCGAGAAAGAAGAGAGCGAGAGAGCGAAGGAAAAGGAAAAAAAGUUUCCCCGAGAAAGUGGAAUCACAGGAAAAUUUGCGAAAUCACGGUUGCAGGAUAGAAGGAAUUCGAUGCCGUCGUCGUUUCUUCCGAUUCACAGAAAGGUCCCGCCAUUCUCCAUCCUCUGGCUCCGUACCGAUGUGACUCCCUUUCCACAGCAUCUUUGUUUCUAGCUGCCGAAUCCGUCUUUUUCACCAUUCCGAUCGAAGAAAGUAAAACGCAAUGACAUGGUUUCUACGUUCCGCGUGAGUCGGAGAAAGGAAAUCGCGAAAGCGCCCGCCGAUUGUUCGUUCCGGCCGGAGAUUUGAUCGUUCUAGCAUCGCCAAUUGACCGGAAUUGAGGAGCGAUUGGUAAAUGUUCUCGCUCACAUUGCACAUUCGGAGACUCUAGGGUUUGCAGACUCUGCCCGCGGAUCAAUCUGAUUGACUUUGCAAUCGACAAUGGCUGCAUCAGUGAAUUUUGCAGUGGGAUCACUAGUCUGGAUAGAGGAUCCCGAUGUAUCUUGGAUAGAUGGGCAAGUUUUGGCAAUUACUGGCGAUGAACUUAAAGUCCAAUGCACAUCAGACAAGACAGUUGUUGUUAAAGCAUCUAGUGUGUAUCCCAAGGAUCCAGAGUUCCCAUCAUGCGGUGUCGAUGACAUGACAAAGCUUGCAUAUUUGAAUGAACCAGGAGUGCUUCAGAAUCUAAAAGUUAGAUACGACAUAAAUGAGAUCUAUACUUACACAGGAAAUAUAUUGAUCGCUGUGAAUCCUUUCCGGAGGCUUCCUCAUCUCUAUGAUGGUCAUAUGAUGGAGCAAUAUAAAGGGGCUGCUAUUGGCGAGCUGAGUCCACAUCCCUUCGCCGUUGCAGAUGCAGCAUACAGACAGAUGAUCAAUGAUCGAAUAAGCCAGUCCAUCUUGGUUAGUGGGGAAAGUGGAGCCGGUAAAACAGAGAGCACUAAGAGUCUUAUGCGUUAUUUGGCCUUUAUGGGUGGGAGAGCUGGGAAUGAAGGACAAUCUGUGGAGCAGAAAGUUUUAGAGUCCAAUCCUGUUCUUGAAGCAUUUGGGAAUGCAAAGACCGUCAGGAAUAAUAACUCAAGUCGUUUUGGGAAAUUUGUCGAGCUCCAGUUUGAUGACAGGGGUAGGAUUUCAGGAGCUGCCAUCAGAACAUAUUUGCUGGAGCGUUCUCGUGUUUGUCAAGUUUCUAGUCCUGAGAGAAAUUAUCACUGCUUUUACAUGCUCUGUGCUGCUCCCCCAGAGGAUAUAAAGAAGUUCAAAGUGGGAAAUGCUAGGUCAUUCCGUUAUCUAAAUCAAUCAGAAUGCAUCGAGUUGGAUGGACUAGAUGACCCAAAGGAGUAUCUUGUGACCAGAAAAGCUAUGGAUGUUGUUGGGAUAAGUGCUGAAGAGCAGGAUGCAAUAUUCAGAGUUGUCGCUGCAGUACUACAUCUAGGAAACAUAGUAUUUGCAAAAGGAAGUGAACCUGAUUCUUCCGAACCUAAGGAUGAUGAUGCUCGUAAGCAUCUCAAGAUAGCAGCAGAACUUUUCAUGUGUGAUGAAAAGGGUCUCGAGGAUUCCCUAUGCAAACGUGUAAUUGUGACCCGUGAUGAUGUGAUAAUGAAGGUUCUCGAUCCUGUAGCUGCCACUAUCAAUAGAGAUGCUCUGGCGAAAAUUGUUUAUUCAAGGCUUUUUGAUUGGCUGGUGAACAAGAUCAAUAGCUCUAUUGGUCAAGAUCCUGAUUCAAAAUCUUUAAUUGGGGUUCUGGACAUAUAUGGGUUUGAGAGUUUCAAGACAAACAGUUUUGAGCAGUUUUGUAUAAAUUUAACCAAUGAAAAGUUGCAGCAGCACUUCAACCAGCACGUGUUCAAGAUGGAGCAAGAAGAAUACACCAAAGAACAGAUCGACUGGAGCUAUAUAGAAUUCAUUGACAACCAGGAUGUUCUUGAUCUAAUUGAAAAGAAACCUGGUGGUAUCCUUGCUCUUCUUGAUGAGGCCUGUAUGUUUCCUAAAUCAACAAAUGAAACAUUUGCGACAAAGCUUUACCAGACAUUUAAGGAUCACAAACGCUUUAGCAAGCCUAAGUUGGCACGUAAUGACUUCACUGUUUGUCAUUAUGCUGGCGAUGUAACAUACCAAACUGAAUUCUUUCUGGAUAAAAACAAAGACUAUGUAGUUGCUGAACAUCAAGCUCUCCUCAGUGCGUCUAAAUGCUCCUUUGUGUCAAGCCUGUUCCCCCCAUUACCGGAGGAAUCUUCUAAAUCAUCGAAGUUUUCAUCAAUUGGUGCUCGAUUUAAGCAACAACUGCAAUCUCUGCUUGAGACAUUAAAUGCCACGGAGCCACAUUAUAUCCGUUGUGUAAAGCCAAACAAUGCUCUAAAGCCAGCCAUAUUUGAGAAUGCCAAUGUCCUACAGCAGCUACGUUGUGGAGGAGUAAUGGAGGCAAUCAGGAUUAGUUGCGCUGGGUAUCCGACUAGAAAGCAUUUUAAUGAGUUCAUCGCUCGUUUUGGGAUUCUGGCAACAAAUGUUUCAAAUUUGAGCUGCGAUGAGGUAACUGCUUGCAAGAAGAUUCUAGAGAAGGUGAAACUUGAAGGUUAUCAGGUUGGUAAAACCAAAGUGUUCCUCAGAGCAGGGCAGAUGGCAGAACUAGAUGCUCGCCGGACUGAAGUAUUAGGAAGAUCAGCAACUUUCAUCCAAAGAAAAUUUCUGACAUACUGUUGCCGCAAAAGAUUUUUAAUAUUGCGACAAUCUGCUAUCGAAAUUCAAAAUGUUUGCAGAGGUCAGAUAGCACGUCAUCGGUUUGAAUGUCUAAGAAGAGAAGACGCUUGUGUAAAGAUCCAGAAGUAUUGUCGAAGGUUUUUUGCAAGGAAAUCUUAUAACAGUAUGUACUCCUCAGCAGUAUGCAUUCAGGCAGGUAUGCGUGGAAUGACUGCUCGUAGUGACCUCCUAUUCAGGAGGAAGCAGAAAGCUGCAAUUUUGAUCCAGAGUCAAUGCAGAAGGCAUUUGGCACGGCUUCACUAUUUGAAGAUGAAGAGGUCUGCAAUUGUCAUGCAGUGUGCCUGGAGAGGCAAAGUCGCACGUCGAGAACUACGGAAGCUUCGUAUGGCUGCUAAGGAAACUGGUGCUCUUCAAGAAGCUAAAAGCAAGCUAGAAAAGGAAGUGGAAGAACUAACCUGGCGCUUGCAGCUUGAGAAACGUAUUAGGGCUGAUCUUGAGGAAGCCAAAACACAAGAAAUUGGAAAACUACAGUCUGCUUUAAAAGAGCUGCAACUUGAAUUCCAAGAAACUAAAGACAAACUUACCAAGGAGUGCGAGGCUGCUAAGAAAGAAGCUGAGCGGGUCCCAGAAGUACAGGAGGUUCCAGUUGUUGACCACGAACUGGUGAAUAAGCUCACUGAAGAGAAUGAAACUCUCAAGGCUACGGUAAGUGAAUUGGAAAAGAAAAUUGAGGAGACAGAGAAGAAGUACGAGGAGACGAGUAAGCUUUGUGAAGAAAGGAUGCAGGAGAGUAAAGAUGCGGAAGCCAAGAUUGUUGAGUUGAAAGCAACCGUGCAGAGUCUUGAAGGAAAACUUGUGGAAAUGGAAGCUCAUGCAGAAGCUUUGAGGAAGAAAGCGCUGUCCAACUCAUCUCAGCCUCUGGAAAAUGGUCAUGAUGGAAACGAACAAAAGCUUGCUUCUGAUUCAUAUGAAAAAUUAAGGAAAUCUCAGAUUGAAAGGCUACAUCUGAAUGUAGAUGUUUUAAUCACAUGCGUGGAGAAAAAUAUUGGAUUUUGCGAAGGAAAACCGGUGGCAGCAAUCACCGUUUACAGGUGCCUUGUCCAAUGGAGUGCAUUCGAGGCAGAAAAAACAAGUGUCUUUGAUCGGCUUAUACAGACAAUUGGAACUGCGUUUGAGAAUCAAGAUGACAAUGAACAGAUGGCCUACUGGCUCUGUAAUACUACAGUGCUAUUGUUCUUACUUCACCGGACACUGAAAGGCAGCGGGGGGAGCCAAAAUCCAGCUCCUCCAACAUCAUUUUUCGGGAGGAUGGCUCAAAGUUUCCGCUCAUCGGCUGCAUUUACUGACGUGAAAGUUGGUAAAGAUGUUAUCCGUGUGGUUGAGGCCAAGUACCCAGCACUGCUUUUUAAGCAACAGCUUACAGCAUAUGUGGAAACAAUGUAUGGGAUAAUCCGAGACAAUUUAAAAAGAGAGAUACAACCGUUGCUGACUUCAUGUAUCCAGGCACCCAGGCAAAAGGGAAAUGCUCUAAGAGCCUCCGUGAAGUCAUUUGGACAAAGUGGUCCAUCUAGUAAUUGGCAUAGCAUUGUGGACAACCUUGAAGCGCUGCUAUGUACUUUGAAAGAAAACUAUGUGCCUCCAUAUCUUAUACAGAAGGUCUUCUGUCAGAUUUUUGCAUAUAUCAACGUACAGUUGUUCAAUAGCCUGCUCCUCCGUCGAGAGUGUUGCACAUUCAGCAAUGGGGAAUUUGUGAAAGCUGGCUUGGCCGAAAUGGAAACGUGGUGUGGUCAAGCACAAGAAGAGUUUGUAGGCUCGGCCUGGGAUGAACUAAAGCACACAAGGCAAGCAGUUGGAUUCCUGGUGAUUCACCAAAAAUCCAGGAUUUCCUAUGAUGAUAUCGCAAAUGACCUUUGCCCUAUAUUGAGCGUUCAACAACUGUACAGAGUUUGCACGUUGUACUGGGACGACAACUACAAUACACGAAGCGUCUCUCCAGAUGUGAUUUCCAGCAUGAAAACUCUGGUAACAGACGAUUCCACCAACGACCACUCAUUUCUGUUGGAGGACAGUACAAGACUGCCUUUCUCAGUGGCAGAGAUAUGCAAUUCCUUCCAAGAGAAGGACUUCUCUGACGUGAAGUCUCCUGAAGAACUGACGGAGAGUCCCGACUUCCAAUUUUUACUGCUGGAAUAAGGGGUUUGAGAUUCCUCAAUCAAUCAACUUCUUCAUCAAGUUUUGCUUGCUUCCCUUCCUCUACCAGCCGUCAAGGGACACGUUCACAAUUUUGCAUAUCCUGCGUCUCUAUGUCGCAGAUGUUAAUAUAUUUAUAUUUACCAGAUCAAAUUAGAGGACAGAAGAAGGAGCCCAGAAAACGAGAAGAACAAGAAGAUAAAGGGAACCAUAAUUUAGGAUGAUUCUCUCAUACGUAGUUGCCUAGCUUUGCGUAUAUUUCAUUCAUUCAUUCAUGCAACCAUAGAGGCAUUCUUUCUUUGCUUUCUUCUGUAUUUAUUUAACGAUUCACAUUCACUAGUAGUAGGAGCUAAAAGGCUCCAUUUUUGUAAGAGAGACUGGGCCGAGUUGGGAAGAAGAAUAAUGAUCAUGCUAUUGGUAAUGGGCUUUCAAGUGGACCGGGACUGCAGCUGGGCUGUGGCAUGGGCUAUAUCGUUUGGGCCAACACGCCCAUCUCUGUCUACCUUAUUCGUUUUCUGUUACUUUUCUUUGUCAGAGAGAGAACGUGGCCUCUCUCUGCAUUCGGUGUAAGCACUGCACAGAGAUACCAGAAAGAGCGGUGGAAACAGAGUCACGGUGGAAUGGCAGAUGAGAGGAGAAAAAUGGUAGGGUUGGUGAAAAUUGUGGGCUAUAACACAACUUGUAGCUGCUCAGAACAGCAUGUCAAAUCAAUGUAAAUGCUUGUUGCUGCCAUGUUUGCCCACCUCGGAUACCAAUGGCGAGACUUGUCAGGGUGGCACAUUAUAAACUGAGCAGCGUCUUUGGCCGGCAACAGAUGAUUGACUUGUGGGUCUCUUUGCGUUUGGGUAUGGGGGUGUCGUCCUCCUACAGUCAGGAUUUCGAUAUUGAGCUCACAGGCGAUCUGUGAGAACGUGCUCACAAACGUCCGAUCUCAUGGCGUUAGGCUUCUGUCUGUGAGCACGUACGUUCUCAUAGGUUGACUGACUGUCAACACCAUAGUCGAAUUGUUUGGAGUCGGGUCUGCUACUUGCUCACCAUUCGCGUGGGUUUAUAUUGAGUCAAUAUAUGUGGUAAGAGGGAAUUAAUGCUUUGUAAUAACUACCACAGUAACCAACCAACUUGCAUAGUGAUCAGAUAGAUAGAUGCAAGUGAUACAAUUUCAGAACAUUUUUGGAAAUUUGCUUACGUUUCAACAUUUAGGGCCGGUUAGGGUAAGCGGUUCUAAUCAAAGGUAUUUGGGAAUGUUAGCAGAGAAUGCACAUGCCAAGAAGAACCUAUAACUACCACUUUCAAUUGAGAACCUGAAUUUUGACUAUGAUAUCUUAGUCAGAUCAGAUCAAGCCCCCUGGAGUAGAUAGAGAGCCUAAUAAUAUAAGACCUGUUUCUGUUUGAUACCUUUCGACAAAACCAACCCCCAAAAAACAAACAAAAUCUCUCUCUCUCUCUCUCUCUCUAGAAGGCAGAAGCUGCUCUGUCUGAGUGAACCAAUAUUCAUUCAUUCAUGUGGGGUCACAUGGUGGGUAAUGCCAUGAAUGAUUUCCCAUUCAAUUUCACAGUCGCAGGAUUCUCUCAUCUCAUCUCUUCCACAUAUUCCCUUUGACUGAGAACUAACCAGAAGAACUGUAUUAUCAUAUUAACAAAAACAACCACUCUCUCCACCACAUUAUUAUUGUCUAAUGAUUGUGGUGCUCUCAUCAUUCUCCUUUCAGUUAUUACCGUUAUGGGAAGAGAGGGUGGGGCAGUUAUAUAUAUCUUUCCUCUCUUCAGUGUUCCAUUGUUUAAUUGCCAUUUGUUUGGGCUGUGGAAUGGGGAAAAGUUCGUAUGAUAUUAGGCUUGGAAUUUUGAAUUUAACACCCGGAGAAACCAGACUGACUUAAAUUUAUAAUACAUUGAUGGAUUACAAUACAUCAAUUUAAUAACCGGAGAAACCAAAUGACUUAAUUUUUUUUUAUUGCAAGAAAAUCAUUUAUUAUUC